UAUGUUCCUUUGGAAUACAAACAGGACUCCCAUUUCUUUGCAGUAAGGAAACUAAUAUGCUUUUUGCUUGUUGUUUAUAAUGAAAUGCAGAGAGGCUGCUUUUCCCUAAUACUGUUUCUCAUUGUCGCUUUUUGACCUCCAUCUUGUUGCUGAGCCAUCUCGUAACAGGCAAGAAACAAUCUUUAACUAGCCAGUUCCAUGUGCUGUCACGGAUAUGUUACAUGAGGUUGGUUGUAAUUCAUUCAUUAUAAUACGUUUUCAGUGUACAUAUUUGACUUUGUUUUCAGGCAGUUGUGACUAAAUAUAUCUAUGCUUUAUCAAGCAUGAAUCAGUGGUGCACCCCCAAGAAACGGAUUCCUCCUCGGUAUGUGUUUUUGCAGUCUGCAAGUAUGGUAAUAGGUGUGGACUAGACAGAUGGGCAGGCACAGGGACAGCUCUGAGAAGCAGAACUUUGGGACCGAAUAGUCUGAAACCUUCAAUUUUUUAAUGAAAAUCCGAGCCUUCAACACUGACUUUAGUCAAUGCAUGCGUGAGGUAGUUUGUUAAAUGGCAUCUUGUAGGUACAGGGGCUCUUUGGAGUGGAAAAUAGCUUGCAGCAUAUCUUGAUUUAGACAGUGAGUGUUCUAGUGCUGCAGGACGUUUAGGUUUAAUCUCACUAAAUUAGAAUAUCCUACGAAUGAGUGCAAAACCUCUGGCGUGUCCAAAACCAGAAGUGAAAAGUAACCUGUCUCGACGCCGUUUUUCUCUGCUUCAGACAGUCCUCCAAGGGCAUGAAUGAGCUAUAGCUAGAGUUGAAAAUAACCUUGAUUUGCUUUUAAGGAUAAAAGCUGCCUUUGUUUUUCUCCUCUCUGUGUUGGCACAGCAUCUGACAGGAUGGAGGCUUGGACAGCGACUGGAAUACUUGGAUAUUGCUGGCAGAUUCAGCAUUGAUAUAUUCAGCAAGUGCGAUGAAUAUUCUACUUAAGCAAUUCCACAUUUCUGUUCAGACAGCACUGUUCUAAUUCUUCAUUCUGUGAGCUUAUUUUUCAUGAGAUUGUUCUGUUUGAUUUCUGUAGUCCUGUCCAGAGAGGUAUGUUUUACCUCUAUCAGUGUCAGAAUACAACACUGUACUUGGGUUAUAUUUUAAUUACAAUAGGUUAUUAAACAGUUGAGUGAUGUUACUAGAUACACUAAGCUGACGUAUUAACGCUUUUAUGUGCUUUCAGUGUAUCCAUGCAGGUUAAAUUCCGGCUGAGCAGUGAAUGAGAGUGAGAACUUGAGUCUCUCUCACCAGUGUUCAAAACUACUUCUGGAUGCUUCAGCGGCUAUUUCAAAUACCAGAGAAACAUGACGAUCUGUUUGAGCGAUAUAUAUUAGUUGCAGUAUAUUUUUUUAGUGAAACGUUGUGAUAAGCGGUUGGAAAGCGUACUGCCACUUGAAGUAAAUUAGCCAAGCAUCCGAAGCAUAAAACUCUGAUUCCUAAAUACCAGAAAGCAUUAAAAUCAAAAGUUGUUUCCUGUAAUGCUCCUGCAGUAGAAUUGUAAGGUUUUAGGAAGGGCUGUGCAAUAAAACAUCAAGAAUGCUAUUGCAGGUAAAAACAAUGUGUAACAGUGCGUGGCUCAACAGUUUAGAACAAAAAACAGAGUAGCCUGUCCAUUUUGUGAAGUUCCAGCUGGCCAAGGUCUAUGAUGUGAACUGGUAUAGGUAAUACUGUCCUGUUCAGAGGGGGACCAGUGUGAAGUAAAGGCUUGCAGAAUUCAAGCUCAUCUGUUCUGAGUAGAAUAAAGAUUCACAGUGCUUAAUACUGUGAUUUGUAGGUUCAUCUAACAAUAAUCUCCUCUGCAGAGUUGAGAGCAUCUGCAGCUUGUAUUUUGGUACUUGGAUGUGUCUGAGCGUUUCAUAGUGCUUUUCUCUCCUCCAAAAACAAGACUGGCUAUUGACAGUUUGGCUGUAGUACUCUGUCCCGUUCAAAAGAUCCUGAAAGUGGUUUAGUUUGCUUUUAUUCUUAUUUUGUGUCUUAGGUAAUUGCCACGAUUUGUGCAGGGGAGGUUUUUUCUCCCCUGGUACUUGUUUCACAUUGGCCUUGAAGGAAUAACUUCAUCUCUUCUAUGAGCAUUUCUGCUGAUGGGCCAUCACUGGUUUGCUUAGGGUCCACCUUGGAUGUUCACACAAGUGUUUCCACGUUUUAUCACUGGUUUAAUAUGUAAAAAAACCUUCAACUCUUGGCCAGUUCAGUGCAGUAUGAUUAUUGUAUUGAUUGGGACUAAGGAAUUUGGAAUCAAUUGCUGAGGUAAGACUGGAUUGCUGGCCCUUCAGCUUUUCAUAGUGCUGCUGCAUUGGUUGACCCAGCAAAGCACAGAUGACUUCACUCAACCACUUUUUAUCCCUCUCUUAACACAAAAUAACUGGAGAAUUACCCAAUCUCUGUGUACUUUUCUCAGAAGCAAAAUGUUAGGUCACCAGAAAUACCAGCUGCUCUUAGAGGUGUUUCUCUGGAAUACUUCAAAUAUAAAGAAUAUACACUUUGUGGAAUGAAAGAAACUGCCUUAUUUAGCAAUUCUUACAGUAAUGAACUAGUCAAAAGAUCAUGCAAAUUCUUUCCAGGUUCAUAUCAUCUGCAAUAAAAAUACUAGGUUUUGGUUUACAGCUUAUGGAAGACCUUUCCAAUGUUAACAAACACUUAUGCUAAUAUUUUUUAAUUACAAACAUAAUUUCUACUUGAUUAAAUUGAAAUGACAAAAUUUUAGAACUAGUAGCAUUUACCCUAAAACAACCCUCAUAUGUGCAAGUGACCAAAUGUCUAAAAAAAAUUCUUAAUUUUUUUAGCUUGGUUUACUAAUGAAACACAGUUUAUGCAAUCUGUGUGCCUGUUAGAGCUUUAGGUGAAUCUUAACCGUGAGAGGAGUAACAGCUGCCAAGUGUUUAAAAUUCUGCAGGUUUGAUGAAAAUAGCUGGCUAGAGGAAAGAAGCCUUGACAGUUUAUUCUCCAGCAAUUACCUGGAUCUAAGACACCUCUGCAAACAGAAAGGCUAUUGUGAGCCCGCACCUUGAGAAUCUGCAUUGGAGAAACAUGCUAAAUGUCUGUGUGUGGAACAGCUCAGACUGGAACAUGCAGCUUCUUGAACACAAGAGUAAACACAGCAGAUGCAACAAGUCCUUAGGACUUAGCUGCUUGUUGGUGAAGUACUGAAAUCAAGAGAUGUUCUGCACAGUGCUUCCUUCUGCCCAUCAACAGGAAGGGUGCUGGGGAAAAUGGAUGGUUUAAGGAGCACUGUAUGAGAUUUUUGGCUUACUCUAGAAUUGCUUUGCUUUCACCCUGUGAUGCCUCCUUCCAGAAGGAAUGAAAGGGAGAAGGGCCCAAGGCUGCAAAGGCUUGAGCUAAGAGAAAGUUGGAGGGAAUGCCUGUGGUGGGAGACUGGAGGAACAUUAUCACACACGGACAUCUCAAACUGAAAUUUAACUGAAAAGAGUUUCUGUUGUGUUGGCUGUGAACACCUUUGUUGAUGGCUUGACAGCUGCCUAGUUUACUGGUCCUGACCUUGGCAGCUUGCAGCUCUCGGCAGCUGUAUGUUAGUAGAAAAGGGGUGUGUGUGUGGGGGGGGGGGCAACAACUUGGUUGUACUUGGACAGCUGAUCUGCCUACACAACCACCUUUGGAAGCAAAAAUUGUAGUGCUGGCUUUUUUUAAUGAUUAAUUCCGUCGGCCAGCUAGCAAGUUACUGAUUUGGUGACGAUCUUUUUGAGGUUUUUACUGAGGACAAAGAAAGAAGAAGCGGGGACGAUGGAGGUUAAUUCCACUGCUGGAUCCUUUGGCCCCUUACAGCAAUUUAGCAUUGCUGAUCUUAUUGUCAUAGUGGCUUAUUUUUCCUUAAACAUUGCAGUGGGAAUAUGGUCUUCCUGCAGGGUGAACAGGAGGAACACAGUCAGUGGCUAUUUCCUUGCUGGCAGAGACAUGGCGUGGUGGCCAAUCGGAGCCUCUCUUUUUGCCAGCAGUGAAGGAUCAGGGCUCUUCAUUGGAUUGGCUGGGACUGGUGCUGCCGGGGGAAUCGCUGUUGCUGGUUUUGAGUGGAAUGCUACUUAUGUUCUCCUGGCGCUGGCUUGGGUGUUCGUUCCGGUCUACAUCUCUUCAGGGAUUGUCACGAUGCCUGAGUAUCUCCAGAGAAGGUUUGGAGGUGAGAGAAUCCGGAUGUACCUCUCUGGCCUGUCGCUCCUGCUCUCCAUCUUCACCAAGAUCUCUACUGAUCUGUACUCAGGGGCUCUGUUCGUGCAAGUCUGUCUGGGCUGGGACCUUUACCUCUCCACCGUCCUGAUGCUGGUGGUCACAGCGCUCUACACGAUUGCGGGUGGGCUGGCAGCCGUCAUCUACACUGACACGCUGCAGACGCUCAUCAUGGUUAUUGGAGCCAUCGCUUUGGCUAUAAAAGCUUUCAAUGAGAUCGGCGGUUACCCGAACUUGGAAGAGGCCUAUUUAAAAGCUGUUCCAGCCAAGAUUGUUCCCAACACUACCUGCCACCUGCCCAGAGCAGAUGCUAUGCACCUCUUCAGAGACCCAGUCUCUGGAGAUCUGCCUUGGACUGGGAUGACUUUCGGGCUGUCUGUCAUGGCCACGUGGUACUGGUGCACCGACCAGGUCAUUGUCCAGAGGUCCCUCUCUGCAAAGAGCCUGAGCCAUGCGAAGGCUGGCUCCAUCCUGGCCAGCUACCUGAAAAUGUUGCCCUUGUUCAUUAUCAUCAUGCCGGGGAUGAUCAGCAGGGUCCUGUACCCAGGUUGCAGGGGUGUUGUGCAGCAGAAGCAGCAGCAUGCCACCGGCUUGCAGGGUGCAGAAACACAGCAAAGGAGCUGGUGCUCUCGAUGGGGCUGGCAACAGGCACCGCAGGAACUUCUGCGGGGGUCUGAGAGGUCUGUCUUUGGCAUGGGAACACUGAAGAUGGCUCUUGUUCUGAGCUUUUCUUGACUUCCAGCUCUCUGUUCUUCAGCAUCUGCCUGUGCUGAGCACUGGCUUGGGAGACAUCGCAGACUUUGAUGCGGUUCAUCUGAGAGAGCUUCACGUUCUUUAUCUUGGGGUCGAUAAUGUUGAUGUAGCCCAAGACUUCACUCCCAGGCUCUGGGUCAGGCU